AUGGCCCAUAUCGCUUCGGACCUGGUUCUAGACAUCCAGCCUGAUUUUUCUUCACCCACCUUCGAGGGAACUCAGAUGACACACGAAGAAGUCGCCAAUGAGCUUGCCACUGCAUGGGAACAAGAUUGCGACCUCAGAGUUGUUGCAUGGACAAGGCAAGAAUGCUUGCGCCUGGAACAAGAAGCUGAAGCAGAACUUCACGAAGCAGAGAAGAAGAAACCAAAGAUCAACGAUUUCAAAAUCAGGGCGGCUGUCGGCGACACCCUUACCCCCUGCCCUUCCCAAUAUGCGAUCCAUAAACUCAAGUCCUUCGAGUAUGUUGAACUCUGGUACUUCAGCCCAGAUGGAUACAGAGAGACAGCUGACGAUGCCAAGACCAGCGCAGAUGACACCUUCGGCCUCACCAAAGUUGAAGACUUCAUUGCCCUCAAACCAGUCACAUCCUUCAAAGCCUCCCGCAAAGCCAUCCAAGACCACAGUCUUGAGUGGUGCCAAUUCGACCUUGCCAAGAACAGCUUCCUGUUGUAUAUCAACAAGCUCAAAUGGCCAGACAAGCAUCAGCAAGCUCUCACGAUGUUCUUCAUGAACAUUGUGUCUCAUCCCUCCUGCUCCGAACCAUACGGAGAACGAGCACUUCUCUUAUAUGCAGCUCAUGUCUGUCGCGAUUGGCACAACACCCUCAUCCUCAACAAUGCCUUUGACAUUAGUGUCUUCAACCUCACCCUCUUGAAGAACAUGGGCGAAGAAGUAUGGAACAAAGUUCGCCAAGAAACCCUUGUGGAGAACCACAAUAGCUGA